AUGGCAGAUUAAUUGAAUGCAUCAUUCAUUAGACAAUCUGAGGAUAUUAUUUAAUCAAAAAAAGAGGAAAUUCUUUAGUUCUUUGAUCAGAAGGGCUAUAAAGCAGAUUCAGCAUUUGACGAUUAACUUUGGUUUUUUCUAGAAAUCAAUUAAGAUGAAGAACACAUACUAUGGAAAGUGAUCAAUGAUACAAUUGGAUAAGAUUAAGUUUAUAAUGAUAAUGUAGGGUUAUUUAUUUAAUUAGUUUGCAUCAGAAGCAACUAUAGAUACUUUUGUAUAGAAAUUAUUGGAUGAAGCAAAAAUGAUACAUCUUAAAAUCCUUGAUUUCUAAAAAAAUAUUGAUUAUUUUAAAGAUGAACUUACUAAUUUUGAUAAGUUUUUAAAAGUCAUUGAAGCAAGUAUGAUAAAAUUAACAUAUUAAUAUUAGAUAAGGCUGAAUAUAAUUAAGAAAAUGCUUUAGUAAUUUCAUUUGUAGAUUAAGUUAAUUAGAUUAGUGAAAUGUAAAAAGUAUUAAAUAAAUAUCCAUUUCUUAGUUUUAUAAACUUAACUAUAAAGUUGGAACAAUUCAUCAAAACUAUCAACCACUUUAUCCUGAAAAUUCAAAUAGAUCUACAUGUGUUUCUUUGGAUAAUACUGUUGAUUCUAUAACAUUAAUUGUAAUGGGAAAGAGAUUAGAUAAAAAUCUAGGAGAUGCAAGAACAUUAGGUGAAGAUUUUAAAGAGUUAGCAUAAAUUAAAAUACCUAUUCUUGAUAUCUAUUAAUAAAUUAGACCAAGACAUUUUGCUCUUCCAACAAUACCUUAAUGUUAUUUGAUAGUAAAUUACUAAGAUUAAAGCUUGGAUGCUCCCUACAUAGAUAAUGUCAAUGUUAAUCUAAGAUUUGAUGUUAGACUCUCAUUUGAAGAUAGAAUUAAUAUCAUUAAAUAACAAAAGGAAUUCAAAACUGGAUUAAUUGAAGUAAUCAUUUCAUCUUUAUAUUACUACAGAAAUUCUAAGAAAAACUUAAAUAAAGAUUGGCUUUAAUGGAACAAUUGUUGUGUCCAUUUAAAAUGAAUCCUAAAUUAUAAUAUGUUACUGCUAAGGGAAUUGGAUUAAAAUAAGAUUUCAAAGAUGAACCUAUUAAACCUAAAACUGAAAAAAAUAAAGAGGAUAUCAGACCACCUAAAGAUAGAGAAGCAUGUUGCAUAAUAUCAUGAAUAAAUAAAUAUGAC